AUGGCAGCACAACACGGAUCUAACAUAACGGGGAACUUUACGAACCAGUUCGUGCAGCCGCCGUGGCGCGUCGCGCUCUGGUCUGUUGCGUACAGCUCCAUCCUCGCCGUCGCGGUGUUCGGAAAUCUCAUUGUGAUGUGGAUCAUUUUGGCGCACAAACGCAUGCGAACUGUCACCAAUUACUUUCUGCUCAACCUGGCGUUUUCGGACGCAUCGAUGGCUGCUUUUAAUACUUUGAUCAAUUUUGUUUAUGCCACGCAUGGCGAUUGGUACUUUGGAGAAGCCUACUGCAAAUUUCACAACUUUUUCCCAGUCACUUCUGUCUUUGCGAGCAUUUAUUCUAUGAGCGCUAUUGCGGUUGACAGGUAUAUGGCCAUUAUCCAUCCUCUGAGAUCACGCCUCUCAGCCACGGCCACUAAGGUUGUCAUUGUGUGCAUCUGGGUGCUGGCGGUGGUUUUGGCCUUUCCUCUCUGUUUCUUUUCAACCAUCAAGAAGUUACCCAAACGGACUCUUUGCUACGUUGCCUGGCCCAGACCUGCAGAGGACCCUUUCAUGUAUCAUGUUAUAGUGGCAGUGCUAGUGUACAUUCUGCCUCUUGUGGUGAUGGGUAUCACCUACACUAUUGUUGGCUUGACACUGUGGGGAGGAGAGAUUCCUGGUGACUCAUCCGACAACUACCAGGGCCAACUGAGAGCCAAAAGGAAGGUGGUGAAAAUGAUGAUCAUAGUAGUUCUGACUUUUGUCAUCUGCUGGCUCCCGUACCAUGUAUAUUUCCUCGUGACCGGCUUGAACAAGCUGCUGGUUCGCUGGAAGUUCAUUCAGCAGAUCUACUUAUCAGUCAUGUGGCUUGCGAUGAGCUCCACCAUGUACAACCCUAUUAUCUACUGCUGCCUGAACAGCAGGUUCCGAGCCGGCUUUAAACGGGUGUUCCGCUGGUGUCCGUUCGUGCAGGUGUCUGACUAUGACGAGCUCGAGCUCAGAGCCAUGCAGCUUAAAGUGGCACGGCAGAGCAGCAUGUACACGAUGUCUCGCAUGGAAACCACCGUCGUUGCCGUGUGUGACCCCUCAGAGCCAUCCGCCCACCCUGCCCGGAAGUGCCUUCACAACCAUCAGCACAACGGUUGCUCCAACUCUGCCCCUAAGGAGGAAUUUUGCUGA